CCCCGCGCUAGAGCGCGGGCUUUCUUGAGACGCGCCUUGCUGAGAGGGUUCACGUUGCUCCGAAUCCUUGUCGCGGCCCUGCGGUUGGCGGUUUCCGCGUGGCCCGGAGCGAGGCCAGGCGGCCCACGCUCGAGGCCCGCGUCGCCAUGGCCGCGGUUCCCGAGUUGCUGCAGCAGCAGGAGGAGGACCGCAGCAAGCUGAGAUCUGUAUCUGUGGACCUGAAUGUUGAUCCCUCGCUUCAAAUUGACAUACCUGAUGCACUCAGUGAGAGAGAGAAGGUCAAAUUUACCGUGCACACCAAGACCACGCUGUCCACGUUUCAGAAUCCAGAGUUCUCUGUUACAAGGCAACAUGAAGACUUUGUGUGGCUACAUGACACUCUUACUGAAACUGCAGACUAUGCUGGGCUUAUUAUUCCACCUGCUCCUACGAAGCCUGACUUUGAUGGCCCUCGAGAAAAGAUGCAGAAAUUGGGAGAGGGUGAAGGGUCUAUGACCAAAGAAGAAUUUGCUAAGAUGAAGCAAGAGCUGGAAGCUGAGUAUCUCGCGGUCUUUAAGAAGACUGUAUCCUCCCAUGAAGUUUUUCUACAGCGGCUCUCUUCUCACCCUGUUCUCAGUAAGGAUCGCAACUUCCAUGUGUUCCUGGAAUAUGAUCAGGAUCUAAGUGUUCGGCGGAAAAAUACCAAAGAGGUGUUUGGUGGCUUUUUCAAAAGUGUGGUGAAAAGUGCUGAUGAGGUCCUUUUUUCUGGAGUUAAGGAGGUAGAUGACUUCUUUGAGCAAGAGAAGAAUUUCCUCAUUAACUAUUAUAAUAGGAUCAAGGAUUCGUGUGCAAAAGCUGACAAAAUGACCCGAUCUCAUAAAAAUGUUGCAGAUGACUAUAUCCACACUGCAGCCUGCCUGCAUAGCCUGGCUUUAGAAGAGCCCACGGUCAUCAAAAAGUACCUAUUGAAGGUUGCUGAGCUAUUUGAAAAACUUAGGAAAGUAGAAAGUCGAGUCUCCUCCGAUGAAGACUUAAAGCUGACAGAGCUUCUCCGAUACUACAUGCUCAACAUAGAGGCUGCUAAGGAUCUCUUAUACAGACGUACCAAAGCCCUCACUGACUAUGAGAACUCAAACAAAGCCUUGGAUAAGGCCCGGUUGAAAAGCAGAGAUGUCAAGAUGGCUGAGGCACACCAGCAGGAAUGCUGCCAGAAAUUUGAACAGCUUUCUGAAUCUGCAAAAGAAGGUUCUUCCUGAAAUUCAUGACUGAACUGAUAGUCAGUUGAACGAGCAUAGUACAAAUGAAGGUGGUGUGAACAGGCAUCAACGGGAGAUGAGACAGGUUAGCGUUGAGUCCUGGUCCUGGGUGCAGGCCUAGAGGAAAGGUGAGUUUAUCUUGACCUCCCCGAAGACCUAUUUAGUAUAUCUAAGGUAAUUAACCCAUCAUGAUAAUUUGUUUUGCAAGUUUUUACUUUUUAAUGUUGGCUGCUUGAUCUUUCUUUUGGCCAGUGCUACAUUAGACGUGGUGCAGGAGGGUAAGUUUGUUCCUGAGGACUGGACCCCCAGCUGAAGCUGGAGAGGAUUUUGACCAAAGGAGUGAUGGUCAGAACUGGGUUUAUGGAAGGACUCCAAGGGAGAAAGUACUUACUGGCUUACCCUAAUUUUUAAUGGGGCAUUAAUCCUGAAUAGUGUUUGGUGAUAGGAAACAACAGAUGUAAAGGGCAUAUUGUAUAGAUCUGUCUACAGAGAAGCUGUCUGAACAUACGUAAGCAGUAGUUUCAAAGUUUAAAAAUAAUUUAAAGAAAUGGAUGUAGGUGCAGGUUAUGUAUGUGUGGCUCACCACCUCCCCAGCCUUCUUUCCAUAAGUACUGGUAGCUAGAGGUUUAGGGCAAGACUGCUCAUUUCGUAGAUUCUCUAAGUAGUCCGUGGUAUUCUCUCAAUUUUGAUGCUCAG